ACAAAUAGAAUAAUGGACAAGAGCUGUGCUGCUGGCGGAAAGCAAAAGCCGUCAAAGCAGAAGAGCCCUCUGAUUAGUGGUGAUUGGGAAUGGCAUGGCCUUCAACUUCAUCGUCUCCGACAUUGCUUGCAGCAGAGUCCUCAAGAUCACUGUAAUCUCACUCAUUCUCGUCGCCACCCUCCUCUUCUUCCUCCUCCUCCCUUUCCCUUCUAUUUCCCCUGCUCCACACUGCCCUUCAGAAUCUCCACUCUUCCCCCACAGGUCCCUCCUCAUCUCCCCCAUCCCCAGAUGCUCGCCCUCCAACCUCACCUCCUCCGAUGGCCUCUUCAACUACUCCUCUUUCCAUUUCUGCCUCUUUGGCGGCAACCCGUUUCUGUCCGUCCCUUUUCUCACCCUGAUUCUCCUCUUUCAGUUCUACAUCUUAGUCAAAACCGCCCAAGAUCGCUUCUCUGUGGUUGUGACCAAGCUAUCCACCCACUUGAAGCUCUCUCCUUCGAUGGGUGCGGUCACGCUUUUAGCUCUCGGUAAUGGGGCUCCCGAUGUGUUUGCUUCAGUGGCUGCUGUUAGAGGCGGACAGCCUAGAACUGGAUUUGGUGCGAUUCUUUCAGCUGGGACUUUUGUCUCUGCUUUUGUUGUCGGUUUUGUCGCCAUUUAUGCUGCGCCUUUUGCCGUCGACCCUGCGCCUUUCGUCAGGGAUGUUUUGUUUUACUUGACUGCUGCGUUGUUUCUGUUCUACGUUUACUUGAGUGCAGAGAUUUUCUUGUGGCAAGCUGUUGGUUUUGUUGGUUUCUACAUUUUCUUUGUUGGGAUUGUGUUCUCUAUGGAUUUGGGAUAUAAUGGUAUUAGUGGAGAGAAGGGUAAAAGUUCUGGUGGUGGUGGAGAGGUGGGUUUGGUUGAGAACUGGGAAAAAGGGGUGCAAAAAGGACUAGAGAUGGAUUGUGAAAAUGGGGAAAUAUCAGGCAGGUUGGAAGUUGAAACGAAACCAAGUUUUGGGCUCUGGAAAGCAUUUGGAAAGAUAUCGCGAACAUGGAAAGUUCCAGUCUCAAUUCUUCUAAAACUCACUGUCCCUGAAACUUCGCCAUCUGAAUGGAGCAGAUUUUAUCGUUCUGCCAACAUUGCACUUUGUCCACUUGCCCUCUUAUACUCCUGUAAAUCAUUUAUGCCUCUAGACCAUCCCAUCAUUUUUCUUCUUCCAAACGCCCACUUUCCACUUUGGUUGGUAGUACUCUGUGGAAGCUGCUCUUUAGCUAUUCUUCAUUACAUAGUGGAAAAAGAACCACCUAAGCACGAACAAAUCCCUGCAGUGAUCAUUGCAUUUGUCAUGAGUGUGUUCUGGAUUUCAACCGUAGCCGGUGAACUGCUAAACUGCCUUGCAGCUCUUGGCGUGCUUUUGCACUUGCCUUCAGCACUUCUUGGAUUGACGGUGCUUGCAUGGGGAAACUCAGUCGGGGAUCUUGUUGCCGAUGUAGCAGUUGCUAAAGCCGGGCAGCCCGCCAUGGCCAUGGCUGGCUGCUUUGCUGGGCCAAUGUUCAACAUGCUUUUUGGACUCGGAACAGCUCUAGUGAUACAGACUGCUGAUGUCUUCCCUGAAGCUUAUCAACUUCAUUUCCACACAAGUAUUGUCGUUGCGUUUGUGUUUUUGCUUCUGAGCUUGAUGGGAUCUUUGUUGGUCGUAACUUGGUGCAGGUUUCGAGUUCCUCGAUUCUGGGGAUUCUGCCUUGUUAGCCUUUACAUCAUCUUCAUUGCUGUAAGCCUAGUCAUUGCAAGUUUCUCUUUCUAAUUUUUGGGGAAGGGAAAAAUCGCUUCAAUAGAUACCACAAGUGAUGUUAAAAGAAUGUGUUAUGUAUUUUGAUAUUUAUAUAUUGAACAUGAAGCAGAAAUGAAUACCAGGUAACAGCUAUGCUUACUGUUUCCUUAAUUUCUCCAA